UUCAUCUCAAACUGCAGAGAAACUGGAGCGGAAGAAAAAUUUAAGGAGAUUAGCAAUGCUUAUGAGGUUUUAUCAGAUGAUGAGAAACGUUCCAUUUAUGACAAGUAUGGGGAGGCUGGACUAAAAGGCGCUGGAAUGGGCAUGGGGGAUUUCAGCAACCCAUUUGAUCUGUUUGAGUCAUUAUUUGAAGGCAUGGGAGGCAUGGGCGGAAUGGGCGGCAUGGGAGGAAGAGGGUCUCGCAACCGAGCAACAGAAGGUGAAGAUCAGGUCUAUAAUCUGGUUCUAAAUUUCAAAGAAGCUGUAUUUGGUGUCGAGAAAGAGAUUGAAAUAGCCCGUCUGGAGAGCUGCAGCACAUGUGAUGGAUCAGGGGCAAAACCAGGAACAAAGCCAUCUAGAUGUAGCACAUGUGGUGGUCAAGGGCAAGUCGUCUCAUCAGCAAGGACUCCUUUGGGUGUCUUCCAACAAGUGAUGACAUGUUCCACCUGUGGGGGAACUGGAGAAAUCUCCACUCCUUGCAACCCAUGCAGCGGCGAUGGCCGAGUAAGGAAGUCAAAGCGUAUUAGCUUGAAAGUUCCAGCUGGGGUGGAUUCUGGGAGUCGUUUGAGGGUCCGUUCCGAAGGUAAUGCGGGACGGAGAGGUGGCCCCCCAGGAGAUCUUUUUGUUAUCAUAGAUGUUCUUCCUGAUCCGGUUUUGAAACGUGACGAUACAAACAUCCUCUACACUUGCAAGGUUUCUUAUAUAGAUGCCAUCUUAGGAACAACAAUGAAGGUGCCUACAGUAGAUGGGAUGGUAGACCUCAAAAUUCCAGCGGGUACCCAACCCGGCACAACCCUCGUUAUGGCCAAAAAAGGGGUACCCCUUCUGAACAAAAGUAAUAUGAGGGGCGACCAGCUGGUUAAGGUGCAAGUUGAGAUUCCAAAACGACUAAGCGGUGAAGAGAGAAAGCUGAUUGAAGAACUUGCCAACCUAAACAAGGCCAAGGCUCCUAACAGUAGAAGAUAGCUGGAGCUUACAGGUUUUCUACCCUUAUGAUUUACUUUUUCUGUGCAUCAGUGUCUGAUGAUUUAUCCCAAAAUUUGUAGCCCUUAGAGUCUACAUUGAGACCAUGGCCAAUGUGCUCGAGGCUGAAUGCAGCAUUUGAAAUUUUGAGGAUUGGUUUGUGUCAUAUUACAAUAUUUAUACAGAAAAGUGAGUAUAGGGA